AAAAGCUAAAUUGGCAGCAGUACCCACCACUAACGUUGUCGAUCCCUGGCAAUCGUUUUAAUAAAAAACAAGAAUAAAGGUCAUUUUGUGUAUUGUUUUUAUAUUUUCUCGAAAAUGCAGGUGGAGAUCCAGGACGACGUAAUUGUGGAGGCGAUGGAGGUACUAAUUAACCACAUUUUAUACGGGCGUGGUGUUUACCCCUCGCACAUAUUUAAAAAAAAGCGGGUGUAUAACACUCCGGUCUUUAUAUCCAUUUUCCCACCGCUUAAUAAUUACCUGGCCGGUGUUCUUAGAUCCGCUCAGGAACUGAUUUGCCGCCGGGAGCUGCAGUGCCUAGAGAUUAUAGUUUAUCAUGAUGAUAGUAAGAAAAGUGAGAUCUACAAAAUCACACUGGGAACCAGAAGGGAUGGACAAUCAGCGGAAGAUUGCUUAUUGCAUUCCGAGCAACAACUGCGUAGUGCUAUCUACAAAAUAUCUGAAAGGUUGAAUCAGAUUCCCAAACCUGCUGCAGGAAGGUGCCACUUUAAAAUCCACCUACACACCACCCAGGAGGCAUUCAUCCGCCUUAGUCACGAGGCUCAGUACCAGGAGUUUCCCUGGAUUCAGGCUUAUAAUCCGGAAUCACAGUUGCCGCCAGGAACUGCUUCCCUCUUACCUUUAACAACAAUGGCGAAUUUGGGAUUGAGAAUGGAGGCAGUUAUUCAUGGAUAAUCGCACGUUUCUAUUUAACAGAAAAGCUUAAUAUAAAUUUGUUUAUUUUAUGUUAUCAUUAUACUACGAUGAUCGUUUAAUUUAAAAACGAAUCGUACGACAAUAUUAGAUUAAUUAAACCUUUCUUACUUUGCAUAAGUAGAAACAAAUUGCAAAUUCCAUUUUGUGACACGAAAUAAAUGAAUGAUUUUAUUAAA